AACAAGUUGCUUGUAGGCUUCCGCCACCGGAGCUGAGAGCAGCAUGGCGGAAUUACCCUGUAGCUUGCAAGCCUCCGACGCAUAGCUUUCCAAUAUUCCCUGAGAGUUAGUAGCGCCAGUAGAAUCCAGGCGCCGCAAAACCUCGUAUCCCCUCUUUUCUAACAUGCAGCAUGCCUAGCAGCUACCACCUGCACGCUUAGUCCACGGCGUCAGCCUACACAAUUUCCACCACUCGACCAUCCGAGUGGAGCCUGAGUGGAGACAGUCAUCAUACAAAUCCGGAAAUCUGUUGGCGGCAGAGUCCGACAUCCUUCCUUGCGACCCGCCCCCAACAUGCAGGUGGGCUCCUGGUGGAGUGAAACAAGCUUCCUUUAGCCUCCCGCAAUUUUCAGCCCUAGACUGGACUCGCUUCGUCGCAAUAUUGGAAUGCGCAAACCCUCGCUACCUAGUCACCAGCACGCUCCACAUCUUAUUGAACUCCGGUCCUCGAGACUCGAGUCUGAGACCGCCGCCUGCCGAGUAACCACUAUGACGCGAAAAUGUGUCCGUCUCCCGAUGCCGCGGCAGCUGGGUGCUUUGUACCACUUACUCCCUGUGGGACUCGCAUGUUCUACCAACAACUUGUCAUGCAACCUCGCACAGAACGCCCGCUCCCAGGUCCCAUGUAGCACAACUCCGGAAGUCUGUCGCGCUCAAGAGCCUCCAUAGUACUUGACCGCAUUUUCUUAACAUAUCAUUGCUACGCUAUUUAAUCUUGGGCGGCGACUCAACAUGAAAUAUUGUGUGGAGACGAAAGGGGACAGCUGAAAAAAAAUUAUUAGGCAAGCGGGGUUAUGGGGAGAAUCUUAUUGGCUGCAAAUGUAGUGUAGCUUUCGGGUCGAUCACUCGUGUCCCCGCAAGGCUACUUCGUAUUCUACGGGAUGAGAUGCAUAUUGGUGAUUCGUAAGCGUUCCAGUGAGAUGUCGAUACACAUUCUGCCUCCGCGGGGCUUACCUUGUCCUCACUUUACAUUGCAUACGAAAAUGUCUCCGAGAC